AUGUUAGUUUUCAACAACACUACAUCCUCUUCCUCCAACUUCCUCCUCACUGCUUUCCCUGGACUGGAACUUGUUCAUGUUUGGAUCUCUGUUCCUGUCUGCUGCCUCUACACCAUCGCCCUCUUGGGAAACAGCAUGAUCUUGUUCAUCAUCGUCACUGAGCGGAGUCUCCACAAACCCAUGUACUAUUUCCUCUCCAUGCUCUCAGCUAUUGACCUAUGUCUGACCGUCACAACCCUUCCCACUGUGCUUGGGGUUCUCUGGUUUCAUGCCCGGGAAAUCAGCAUUAAAGCUUGUCUCAUUCAGAUGUUCCUUGUGCACACCUUCUCCUUCCUGGAGUCCUCGGUGUUGGUAGCCAUGGCCUUUGACCGCUUCAUGGCUAUCUGUAACCCACUGCAGUAUGCUGUCAUCCUCACAGACAUGAUGAGCCUGGUGAUUGUACUAACGGUGUGCAUAAGGCAAGUAAUUUUCUCUUUCCCCUGUAUGGUAGCCUUGAUCAAUGAGUCUUUCCAUGGAGGUCAAGAACUUUCACACCCAUUUUGCUACUACUCAGAUGUGAUCAAGUUCUCAUAUUCCAAGGCUUUGCUUGGCAAUUAUUGGGGGAUGUUUCUUCAGCUCUACCUGAAUGGCACUGACUUAUUGUUCAUUCUUUUCUCCUAUAUCUUGAUCCUCCGAACUGUUCUGAGCAUUGUGGCACCAAAGAAGCAACAAAAAGCCCUCAGCACUUGUGUCUGUCACAUCUGUGCUGUUACAGUUUUCUAUGUGCCAAUGAUAAGCCUGUCUUUAGCCCACCGUCUUUUCAGUUCCACUCCGAGAGUUAUUUGUAGUACUUUGGCCAAUAUUUAUCUGCUCUUACCACCUGUACUGAACCCUAUCAUUUACAGCUUGAAGACCAAGGUGAUCCACCAGGCCAUGACCCAGCUGUUCCAGUUCAAAAGUUUAAGAGGAACCAAAGUGAGGGGACUUAGGGAAUGGUGGAAUCAAAGGGGGAUAAGUUCUAGCACAUAA